AUGGCGUUUGCUGGGGCCUCGCGGGCCUUCUGCAGCUGUGCAGGGAGGAGCCUCUUGAGGUGGUCAGCAGUGGACCUCAGCCUAUCAAGGACUCGUUUCCUUUCAAAGGGCCCUGCGGCCUGCUCGUUGGUGCCUUCCAGGGCAGCCGCAGCAGCAUGCUUCAGCAGCAGCUCCCGGGUCCCCUUGGGAGGCUCUCCGGGUCUCCCCCUUGAGGGGGCCCCCCAGGGGCCUCGGGGACUCCAAGGGGGACUGCCCGGCCACAGCGGAGGAGAGCCUGUUCUCUCACUUGCUGCUCCGCCGAGGCGCACACGUCCGGGUCUGUUUCCAUCUGUGUUUGCUAUAGAGUUUCUGGCGCCUUUGAAAAUGGUCAAUUUUGCCAUCCAGUAUCUUUUGUCUUUCCGAUUUUACUUCAUAUUCAUGGCCCGCACCACUUUCCAGGCUGUGCGCCCUUUGCUGGCGUUUAGCGUGUUUGGUGAGGUGAUGAAGAUGGUCUUGGCGACGAUGAGCUCCAGUUUGUUUUCUUUCCUCUUUUCGUUCGUGCUCGCCUUUGAGGUCCUUUACUUCUUUCUGCAGUGCUACAUCAGCUACACUUUCCUCACCAUGUUCUUCACCGUCAUGUUUUAG